AUGAGCGUCGUAGAUGUGGAUGAUGCAGAUACAGUUAUCAUAUACAAAGGAUCAUGGCAAGUUCUUAAAGGGACUGCACAGGAGCCAGCGUUCCAAGGCACGUUACAUUCAACUGUCGACAACAGAGCAUCUGCAUCCAUGAUAUUUGAAGGCAUGUUAGCGAUUCGAGCAUUUAAAAGAAUACCGGUUCUGAAGAAACACAUAGGAACUCGCUUAACAAUACUGUGUGUACUCCCCAGUAGUACCUCCGAUGCCAGCAGCAUCCAUACCAUUAUUAACAUUAAUGGGAAUAGUUCGACAGUUUCUCACUCAACAAAUGCCACAUACAUUUUUAAUUUCGUUCUUUACGACACGGGGAAAAUUCCAGAAAAUAUUUACACAGUCACUCUUUCAAACGCUGGCAAUGCGGCUGAUAGCCCACUACAGUUGGAUAGGUUUAUCGUCGAGGGAAAACUUUUAAGGAUCGACCCUUUAACGACUGGCUCCACAAGUCCAAGAUUUCCCUUCACUCCACUGCAGACAAAAGAGAUCCCACCGAAGGCUACCCCGAUAUCACGAACUGUAGAGACUUCUAAAACAGCGGAAGCCGUCCGAAACUUGUUGUCUGCUAAAACAACAUUUGUGCAGCCAACAGCAUCGUCGUCACCACCUGCAGGUAUACUUGCCUUUAAUAGCUCAAACAUGGAUUCCAGCACCGGUAUGAUGACCUUUUCACCGUCAAACAGCGUUAAAUUUUAUAGCAGGACAUUAUCCACAGAUUUUCAUAUCACAACGACUGAGGGGAAUGUAGUAACAGAAGUAACACUUCCGUCUAGCACAUCAUCAUCGUCGUCGUCUAUAGAAAUCCCAGUUGUGCCGAUAAUAGGAACCGCCGCUGGAAUCGUUUUUGUUAUAAUUCUGGUUAUAUUUAUUUAUCUUCGCCUUCGCAUAUAUUUGAGUCACACAGAGCUACGUGAUGACGCUAAUGAUUCUGGAUCGUUAUCAAGCGUGUCGAACAUUUCCACUUUAUCCUUACCGAAUCUGGCACAAUAUCCACAGGCUAAUUCAUGCGGGAAACUUGAACCACAUAAUACAUCACCAAAUGAACUAUCUGCAUUACAGAAUGACCCUGGAAGAACUUUAGACAAAGUCCCACUCACCGGUGAAGGACACGGCGGAUAUGGCCACUGA